UGCGGGAUUCCUGUCUGUUAUUACAGUCUACGCCUCCCUGUGAAGAAAUGUUGUGUGAAGCGAGCUGCGAGGCGGAACUGAAAUAAGCCAAUCUUUGACCAUUUUUGUGAUUUAUUGCGUUCGGAGGACACUAUAACCUGCCAGCAAUCGUAUAAGUUUGCUGAAAAACCGCUUUUCGGCAUGGAAAGUGAGCUACAUGCAAGGGACAAAGUUGGCGUUCAGGACUUUGUGCUACUCGAAGAUUUCAAAAACGAAGAUGCUUUUCUUGACAACCUCAGAAAACGCUACGAAUCAAAUCUGAUCUAUACGUACAUCGGCACUGUGGUUGUAUCCAUAAAUCCAUAUAAGAAUCUACCAAUCUACUCCAAAGCUGUCAUCGAGAAAUAUCGCGGGGAAAACUUAUACGAAUUACCGCCGCACAUUUAUGCUAUAUCUGAUGAGGCAUAUCGCUCAAUGAGAGAAGAGUGCACUGACCAAUGUAUGCUAAUAUCAGGCGAGAGUGGUGCUGGCAAAACAGAGGCCUCUAAGCGCAUCUUAGAAUACCUGGCUGCCAUCAGUACAUCUUCAACUGAAGUUGGUCGUGUCAAGGAUAGACUGCUCAAGUCUAACCCUGUCUUAGAGGCCUUUGGAAAUGCCAGGACAAACCGUAAUGACAAUUCCAGCCGCUUUGGCAAGUACAUGGACAUCCAAUUUGACUUCCGGGGUGCUCCUUUUGGGGGUCAUAUCCUCAACUAUCUCCUCGAGAAGUCCAGGGUUGUCCACCAAGCAAAAGGAGAGAGAAAUUUCCAUAUAUUCUACCAGCUUUUGCAAGGAGCUGAACAUGAACUGCUUGAAGCACUGGAAUUGGAGAGGGACCCAAACCAUUAUUUCUACUUGAACCAGGGAAACUGUGUCACUGUAUCAACCAUCAAUGACAAUGUAGAAUUCAAAGUGGUCAAGGAAGCUUUGUCUGUGAUUGACAUGACUACUGAUGUCCAGCUAGCUUUGUUCUCUAUUGUGGCCUCCAUAUUGCAUCUUGGCUCUGUUAACUUUCUUGAGAAGGAAGGAGAGCAUGAUAUUACCCUUGAGAACGCAAGGCCAGUGAACAUUAUCUCUAAGCUUCUUGGAUGUCCUGAAUUCAUUCUUGAGAAGGCACUCACGGCUCGUACUGUUGAAGCGAAAGGCGAGAAGGUCCGUACUCCGCUGAGUAAAGACCAGGCUAUUUACGCUAGGGACGCUCUUGCCAAGGCAACCUACGAUCGCAUGUUCACUUGGGUGGUCCGAUCCAUCAACACUUCCCUUGCUUCUAAGGAUCAUAAGGGUCCUACGACACUGAUGGGCUUGCUGGAUAUCUAUGGAUUUGAGAUCUUUGAAAUGAACAGUUUCGAGCAGUUCUGCAUCAACUAUUGCAAUGAAAAGCUUCAACAGCUUUUUAUUGAGUUGACUCUGAAGGAGGAGCAAGACGAGUACAGGAGAGAGGGAAUCGAGUGGGAGCCAGUGGAGUACUUCGACAACAAGGUGAUCUGUGACCUGAUUGAGGCCAAGCACACUGGCAUUAUUGCUCAGCUGGAUGAAGAAUGUCUUCGACCUGGUAAUGUCACUGACGCGACGUUUUUGGAAAAGCUAGAAAAGUCAAUCGGAGAUCAUCCCCACUUUGUCAGUCACGCAACCACUGACUAUGCCGAGAGGAAAACUAUCGGUAGAGAGGAAUUCCGCCUGAAGCACUAUGCUGGCAACGUCACAUACAGUGUGAACGGAUUUGUGGACAAGAACAAUGAUCUACUGUACAGAGACCUUAAGGAGGCUAUGUGCCAAAGCACUAACCUGAUUCUGUCCGAGAUGUUCCCCAAGUCCGAGAUGCAAUCGCUCAAGCGACCGGACACGGCGGCUACUCAGUUCAAGACAAGUCUAAGCCAUCUGAUGACGAUUCUGAUGAGUAAAGAGCCGUCCUACGUACGCUGCAUCAAACCCAACGAACAUAAGAGAUCGAGCCGGUUCGACGAGCGAUUGAUCCGCCAUCAGGUGCAAUAUCUGGGUUUGAUGGAGAAUCUGCGCGUCAAGCGGGCUGGCUUUGCGUACAGGCGACCAUUAACUUUCUUCCUCAAUAGGUACAAAUGCUUGUGUCCUUCAACCUGGCCCAACUGGCGAGGCAAACCCAAAGAAGGGGUACAGGAGAUCUGUCAACACCUUGGUUACAAGGAAGAUGACUACAAGCUAGGAGUAUCCAAGAUUUUCAUCCGUUUUCCCCAAACGCUGUUCACAACAGAGGACUUAUUUCAAGCCAGAAAGAACUAUCUAGCUACGGUUAUCCAGACGCAAUUCCGUGGAUUCAACGCACGACUUAAAUUCACCCGACUGCGAAUGGCAGCCAUUACCCUCGCCACGCACUGGCGCAGACUGUGUGCCCAGCGGUUACUAGCGCGCAGGCGCAAUGCAGCCAAGCUUAUCCGCAAGCUAAUCAAGGGAUUCAUUACCCGCGAUCAGCCCCGGAAUGAGGACAACGAGGGAUACCUAGCCUAUGUUCGCAUGGCCUACCUUUUGACGAUUAAGAGAAAUUUGCCAAAGAACGUCCUUGACAAGAGUUGGCCCAAGCCCCCCGCGGCCCUUACCGAGGCCUCUGCGCUAAUCCACCAUAUACACACAAGGUACUUGGUACGGCAGUACGUGCGCGGCAUUACCGAAGAACGGAAGGAACAGCUGCAGCUGAAACUGUUGGCAAGUGAGCUCUUCAAGGACAAGAAGGCCAGUUACCCAGAAAGCGUCGCUGACCCUUUCAUAAAGAACAGACUCGAUCUUGAGCUGGAAUCCCAGAAGGCGAAUCUUCACAUCAAGAAACUGUUCUCCGUUGGUGAAACUAUCAAGUAUUGUGUCGGUGUCGGCAAGUAUGACCGUCACGGCUACAAGCCUCGCGCCCGUGUCCUCAUCCUCACAGACGUCGCCAUCUACAUCCUUGAAGAUAAGACUUACAAGCAGAAGCACCGCAUCUCCUACGAAGGCGUGCAUGGCAUCUCCGUGAGUUCGUUAAAGGACGAUGUCGUGGUUUUGCAUCUCACCAUUUCGCAGAAAGGUGACAAGGGCGACCUGAUCCUGACGUGUAGUCACGUGAUCGAGUGCGUUUCAUUCAUCAUCAGCGCAAUCGACAAGAGGGAGUUACUGACUGUCGCUGAGGACGAGAUAAAACACAACAUGCUAAAGGGAAAAGAAGGCAGAUUGAUAUUUUCCAAAGGCGAGGCAUUCUCUGUAGCUAAAGGAAAGUCAGGAAACUUUGAAGUGGUAGCGCCGUCAUAACAAGUGAUGAACAGUAUUAUUCUUCGUUUUCGCCCAUCUCGCUUUUUCUCCAUUGUCCAUUAAAGGGGCCACGUUAUCAACAGCGCACACAGUUUACGCAUGGCGCAAGUUUCCCGUGGGCCAUGCAUAGGGUAUAAACUGUGGUACUCUGACAAUACAUCAGAUGGAUCACCCGUAUGAUUUUUUCAGUCUACCUACUAUACAGAGGUUCCCCCUCUAAAGAGGGCUGCUGAGUAAACAGUGGCCCAAGGAAAACUCGUGACGAAGUGUCCUUAAGUCACUGGCACACAAAUAAGAUUAUGUCUACCCUCCA